GAUGCAAAAGCUUAAUGCGGCGUCAAUUCAGUCGACUCCAAGGUCUCAUGUCCCAACAACCUUUGCUAUUCUUUCUUCGGCUAGUGUGGAUCUUCCGAGCUACAUUGCACCAAGGCCAACCAAGCCGGACAAGAGACACCUACUCAGAGGAAGUUUGGAGACACCGAAGCUGCUGGAUUGCCUGAAUGUGGUCCAGACAGCGGAUCAGCGAAAAAUGGCCGAACCAUUGGAUAUUAUUAGGGAGCGAACGUGCGGCAUCGAAAGUGUAACCAAAUCUGGCCGCAAUAUAUCAACACCCGUGGCCUUACCCAUUUGCUCUAUGCAUAUGCCUCGAUCGAUCCGGAGACAUUUCAAAUGGCCCCUACCCAUCCUUCCGAUCCAACCAUGUACGGGACAUUCGUGGGACACCGGAGCCCGUGGACUGAGACUUGGAUUGCUGUUGGAGGAUGGCAGUUCAGCUGUGAAGUUCGCACCAAGUGGACCUGGUCAGACAUGGCCGCGAGCGCAGACAACCGCCGCAAAUUCAUCGAUUCAGCCAUCUGGUUCAUGGACAAAUAUGGCUUUCAAGGCAUCGAACGGGCCUGGGCAUAUCCCGGAAUCAAAGAGCGUGGUGGACGACAGGGCGACAAGGAUAAUUUCGUCACAUUGCUGAAAGAAUUCCGCGAACACAUGAAGAGUAGCAACAGGAAUUACGGAAUCAGCGUCCUUAUCCCCGGCGAACCUGGAUACUCCAUGCAGUACGACCUCAAAGGCAUGGAGCCGUACGUCAACUGGUUCAAUCUCGGCACUUGGGAUCUUCACGGGCACUGGGAUGCCUUUAAUGGUUGGGGAACCUCGAUGCACGCGCACACGGAUGCUCGAGAUAUCGAGAAAGUCUUGGAGGUGUACUUCCAAGCCGGCCUCAAGUUUUCCAAAUUCAAUCUGGGAGUCGCCUGGUACGGACGAGGCUACACGAUCAGGGACCAGACCUGUGGAGACCUGGGCACCUGCGAAUUCUCCGGCCCGUCCGCCUCCAUCCCCGAUUCAUGCACCAACGAGCCCGGCGUCCUGUCGAACCACGAGAUCCGCACGCUGCUUCGUGCAAAGCAUGGGCUUAAUGCAACCCAUCAGACGAUGCAAAGGUUCAGAUUCUCACGUACAACUCCGAUCAAUGGAUGGGGUACGAUGGCCAGAUCACGCUGGCUGAGAAGACGAUGUUUGCGAAUAACCGUUGUCUGGGUGGCACCGUCAUAUGGAGCCUGGAGUAUGACAUGGGCCCCGGUGUAUAUGCUGGAACGAAUAAGCAGACUACCUUCAUGGAGGAAACGGUGGAGAAGGCGGACAAGGUCGUUAAGAUGGUGGCCAAGGCGGUUAAUACAGUGGUCAAGGUGGUCAAGACGGUGGUCAAGGUGGCCAGGACGGUGGCCAAAGUGGUCAGGGUGGUCAAGGUGGUCAAGGUAGCCAGGGUGCUCCAGGUGGUCAAGGUAGCCAGGGUGGCCAGGGUGGCCAGGGUGGCCAGGGUGUUCAAGAAGGUGGUUUCACAGGAAGCG